CCAUCAUGGAGCUGGACCCCAUCGCCGUGUUGUUGCAUGAUAAGCCGCUACAUUUGAAGUUGAUGGACAUUGACACGUCCCCCACCAUGCCAUCAUGUGCUGCUGCUGGGACCAACACGUACCACGAGAGCUACCUCGGCUACGUGCUGCCGUACCUUGCCACGACCGACCUUUACUGCGUCACGGCGCUGAACAAAGAGAUCGAAGCCUUCUGCGAACAAGAAUGGAAAAUCCGUGUGGCCGAGAGAUUCGGCGCGCUUCGAUACCCCGCCAUGUCAUAUCGUCGCGUGUAUGCGAUGCGGUGUCACUUCCAACGUCGGGUGUCGUCCAAUGUGUCGGCCCGUGUGUACCUCAUGAACACGAACGGGGACACGUCCUUCUUCCGCAUCGAUUCCAGCAAACCCAUCAUGUGCUCCCGCGAACGUGCUGCAGUGUACAACCGCUGCGAACGCAUGUUUGACCUGUCGCUCCGCAUCAAUCGGUCUAUCCAAGAGAUCUCGGCGCUGAUCGGCAUGGUAUCUCUCGAAGAAGCGCGGGACCUUCUCAACGAACACAUUAAUCUCAUGACGUCCGUGGCGGCAUUGCGCGGCUCGCUCGUGUUUGAAAGCGAACUGUUCCAGGUCUUCCCCGCGCCAGUCCUCCUCGACACCAACGUGCUCCUUCGCGCGACCCACGCGUUGGAACUGCCCUUCCGCGGCGUGCCCCUCAUGAUGCAAACAUGGGUCUCCAUUGACAACGUCGUGUUCCGCCCGCUGUCGAUUCCGUUGCUGCUGCAUCCGUCGCCGCCACCGCCUCCCGUGGUGAACGAGCCACAUGAUCACACAGCCCCCGUGGCCGCUCCGUGUUAUACGGCUGCGCGCUUCCACGAGCUGGCAGGCAUGACCAUCGACAUUGACGACAACAGCGUCCGGUACGACCUCCAGCCCGACGCGGUCACACUCAACACCCUCGUGUCCAAUGCGUUUCUGCUUUACCUCUUCAACCCGACGUCGUUUCGACCGUUGGAUUGGUCGUACGAAGCCGGACUUGCCAUCGGGUCGCACACACACUUGUUGCCGAGCGAACGCGAAGGCGUGUUCCUAAACUCUACCACCAGUGCGCUUCGCGUGUUCCUAUCGUAUGGCAAACAGCAACUCACGCCAGUGGCAUCUGCCCCAGCGGCUCUGGACGACCAACCCCCCGACACAUUGCCGUCACAUCGUCGGCCAUUGGACAUCGCGUGCGCCGCCGGCGACAGCACGUUCACGUUCAGUGUCAUAGCCACCAACCGCCUCACGCAAGCCAAGAAGCUCGUGGUAUCGCAAGCCAUGCGCAUCACACUGCCCGCCCCCGCGUAUCGCUACGGCAAACUCGAACGCCACGCGCAGCUAUCCAACGACGCGGUGCUGUGCUACAGCUUUGACCUGGACAACCACCUCCAAUACGUCGAGUUUGCCAUUGGCUUUGAACCGCUCUUGCACGCAUUGGACGUGGUGCCGUUUCUCGCCACUUGACAGCUUUUAAGUGUUAAAAGCCAAUGACAAGAUAUAUUAUAUACACACA